AGCCUUGAUCUUAGCCCCUAAUUCGUGCCGUUGUCGACAUCUUACGGCGCGACAUACAUCAUGAUUCCGUUUAAUGUAUCGCUGAGACAAACUCUCAGGUACUUCUCCGUCGACCAGACCCAACUUCAAGUCCUCAGCAUUAGUGGAACAAAGAAGCAACAGGAGCACGCUAGGAAGAUUAUUCCGGUCCGAAAGGACUCUCAUCUGCUCCUCACGACUCUGAUUCUUGGCAACAUGAUUGUCAAUGAGGCUUUGCCCGAAGUGUCCAACGGUCCUCUAGGCGGAGGUGUUCAGGCAGUCGUUGUUUCCACUGCGCUUGUCGUUAUAUUCGCCGAAAUCAUCCCUCAAUCCGUCUGCUCGCGAUAUGGUCUCUUGAUCGGCGCGACCAUGGCCAAACCGGUCAGAGUGCUCAUCUGGUUCUUCUUCCCUCUCGGGUGGCCAAUCGCCAAAUUGCUCGAGUGGAUUCUUGGAGCGCAUCAUGGAAUUAUCUAUCGACGAUCCGAACUCCGAGAAUUGAUAAAAUUCCACGCAGCAGGUGGAGAAGGUGGUGGCGAUCUGGACUAUGACACAGUGACCAUGGCUCAAGGUGCUCUCGAUUUGGCGGGGAAAACAGUCAGAGAAGCCAUGACCCCGAUUGACCAGGUCUUCAUGCUUCCCAUUGAUGCAAAGUUGGAUUACGAGACUCUGGGACUCGUCGUCAAGUCGGGUCAUUCGCGAGUGCCCGUCUACCAAUACGUCGAGGUACCGGAUCUCAAUCUCAGUGCCCCGGCGCUCAAUCGACCGGCAAAGACGAAAAUGGUCAGAAAGGUGCUUGGAAGUCUGCUCGUCAAGUCUUGUGUCCUUUUAGAUCCAGAGGAUGCGACUCCACUUGCCAGCAUCCCCAUCAACGCCAUUCCUUCGGUACCAUGCGAUGAGCCUUUGACGAACAUGUUGAACGUGUUUCAAGAGGGCCGCUCUCACAUGGCGAUCGUGUCUCGACGACCCCGUCAUCGCGAUGCUGAUCCGGAAGACGAAGAGUCCGUCAUGACCGCAGCUGCUGGAGGUCUCCGUCAACGGAUCAUGCGAAAAGUAGCAACUAUUACACACGGCGACAGAUCUUCCUCCGAUUCAAGCUCCGACGAGAAUGAUGUAGAGAAGAACGAUCCAAAAGCCAGACAACGUAAAGCAACAAAGAAGGUCAAGCGGAAGGAGAAGGGCGAUAAGGCUUCGUCGGGCACGUCCUCCAGCGGAUCGCCCACAGAGCCAAAUCGGCCGCUUGACAAGCCCACGAAGGCUCAAGAAGUCAAGAACCAGGUCGAAGCGGAAACGAAGAAGAAGUCUUUUGUGGAAUCGGCCAGAUUGACUCAACUGGAGCAGACUGUCCCUGCAGAUGCUCAGAUGCCGCCUCAAUUGGUCGAGAAGUUCUUUGAGGGUCUCGAAGGCGCGCCGUUGGGAAUCAUCACGCUUGAGGAUGUGCUGGAGGAGCUGAUCGGAGAGGAGAUCUAUGACGAGUAUGAUGACAAUGGAGGCCCCAACAACCCCGCAUCGGCAUUCAUUCCACGCGAAGCAGCCAUGGCAGCGCGUCAAGCUGCUCUUGACCGAGAGAAACUUUUGGCACAAAGCACUCCUCUGCCUCCGACCAACGAUCAAGACAUUGAGCGACCUACUGCCCCGCAGUCUGCUCCCUCUCGACGAUAUGUGCCGAAAUUGCCUCCUUUGCCUCUUCCUCGUUUCACUCGAGGCAAGCGACCUGCUUCACAGCCUGGCAAGUCGAGGACUGUCGACGAGAAGGAAUUGGCGGACCGAGCAGCCGCAGCAGAAAUCGGACCCGACGGUGAUCAGCCACUGGCUGUAGAUCAGGCAGUUGAGGAUCGCACAAAAACGACUCCAGCGAUCGUCCCUGCCAAUCAACAAAGCCAGGAAAUUCAGCUGGAUGGAGAAGAUAUACCUCAGGUCAUGUCGCCUGCUCCGAUCGAAGAAUCUAGCCCAGAUACAGACUACAUCCAAGCCAGAUCAAAGUCGGAUCGCGGCACUCGUAGACAAGAUCCAGCUACGACAACGCCGACCCCUGCGGCGGUGUUCACGGUCGAUCCGAUGACUGCAAUCCCGUCUCGACUGCUUCAAGGCAAUGUACCUAGCCCCAUGCCUAGCUCGGGAACGCCUCCGGUCGCACCGAUCAACAAUGCCAACUUGCUUUCCGAAGCUUUAUUGCUCGAACGAGGUCGACGACGUCUGGCAGCUCAACACGGUGUCCCUCCUGGCGCUGUCCGCAUCCCCUCUGUCUCCGCGGCGGGCAUGCCUAGGAGCAACGUUCCCUCGAGACAACCUACACCACCCAGCGGCGUCACAGCUUCAACCGCUGCUGCUGUGUUGGCUCAAACACCUGCCAGCACCGGAAUCCCAUCAACUUCGGCUACCGCCUCUGGGGUGCCAGGAGCGCCGGGAACCAUUCUGAGUCCUAUCCCUUUGCCCGUCAGACGGGGAACGAAAUUCAAGUCUGUUCCGACGCCUAUCGCUACGCCCAAAAUCGGUGGUGGAGCAGAGGAACCGGCCUAUCCACUUGAAAGAAAGAGCGGUGACCAGAGGGAUCAAUAGCUAUAGGUUGUCAUUUCUACACCCAGAAUUUCUAUUGUAUUUUUAAUUCUGUUGAAGCCCUUAUCAAACAUGUAUCGGGUGAAUUGGACAUGUAGGGGUAGGGAUAUUGCUGAGAAUC